CCGUGGUUGCCGCAGUAACGGUGCUGCGUCCCGGUAGAGGCGGUGCGGAGCUUGGGGCAGCUCAGCGCCGCGUAUGGUCGCUCCGCGUUACCGGGUAGCGGAGCGUUGCAGUUCCCGACAUGACGACGAUCACCUCGUUGAGUGGACGUAAAGAGGUGGUCCGCACCAGAAGGACGGAGGCAAACGAUGCUCCUGGUGUUGUUGGCCUCUUCACCCAUCUUACAGAAGACAUCUAUGGCAGGAUUGAUGUAGAAUACCUUUUAGAAAAGUCAACUUUUGCUCUGACACUCUGCAAUGAGAAGGAUGAGGCUAUAGCCCAUGGCAUCUUUCUUGACUAUCCAAAUUGGAAUAUCACUGAUCAGUCCGACUGGGAAUCAUUCUUAAAUAAAAACUAUGUUGACAACAAAUGCACUCCUUUGAACAGUCUGUUCAUGCAUCUUUUUGUGGCAAAAGGGGAAUAUGCGGCUGGAUGUUCCCAAGAAAUGGUCAGGAGAGCUUUUAUUGCAAUGCCAGAACUGGAGUUUAUACUUCUCUUUAUACCAGCUGAUGAGGAUUUAGAGCCAGGAUUGGAUGGUGUCUUUGAAAAGAUGAUGACUGCUCCAGGUUCAACAGUGGAUAAAACCUUUACUUUGCAUGUAUGUCUCAGACAUCCGUAUCACCCACAUCUGCAUGUUCGCAAUGCGAGGUUGGAAGAUUAUGAUGAUCUCAUGCCAAUGUGGACCCGUCAGUGUGAGAUUCUGAAAGAAACCCAUAGUGAAUAUUUCCUUGCUGAUAUCAUAGCAAGUCAAGAUGAAGAAAAUCAAGCUGUCGUUUGUGAGGAUGGUGGCACUGUAGUGGGAUUCAUGAACUUAUGCGCUCAAGUAGAUGUUUCCUUGCUACGUGAGUCUUUUGAUCUACGGCUUUUCCAUGGACUCUGUAAACCACAUCCUGAAGAUGUCCCAAAGGAGCCAAGCAUUCCAGAAGGUGAAGAUAAAAGCAAUCCGAGAAAUCAGGAAGCAGAAACCGUUUCAUCUCAAAACUUUGAGGACAUUACUGAUGGAGAUGCAUCUGUGAAGAAAGAUGGAGUGAUUUCCCCUACUAAACUGGCUUUAGAUGAUAUCAAACAUGGAGAUUUUCAUGCCUCAGCAGCAUCCCUCCUUGAGGCUGAAGAAAAAGACACUUUUCGUCCAAUAUAUAGAGAUUCUUCAAAUGCUUUCUGUAUUCGUAUAUUUUUCAUUGAUGAGAAGUAUGAAACUAGAUCACUGGAUUUUUUGCAUUAUGUUUUCAAGCUUUUUCCGGACAAAGACUUCUGUAUCAUCCUUGUGCCACAUUGUGUACCAGAGUUCUACCUGAUCCAGAGUUUUGUUCGAGUCGCCCCUUCCUGUACUUCCCAGUUUGGUCGUGAGCUUUACCUGUUCCACUGUGCAGGACUGCUCAAGUCUUUUAAUGUAAGAAGAGCAACAUCCAGUGAUAUACUUGGAGUCAAAAUGCUCAUUAAAACACUUUCCUUGAAUGAAAGCAUAUUGAAUGACUUAAAUGCAUUUAUUUUGGCUCGCAGGGAUCCAGACGGGACCCCAGUACAGGCAUUUGUAGCAGAAGUUUUGGAUCAAAUAGUUGGCAUUUCUGUCAUUAGAGAUGAAAUGAUUCUUGUUUUCCAGGACAUUGUGUAUAUUCAAACACAUUACAACAUUGAAGACUUCAUUCAUUCUAAUGACUACCAGCCAGAGGAACAUGGGGAGCUUUACCACUUUGCCUUAAAUCCAAUAUUUCGUCACUAUACCAAACACUUCCUAAAGGAGAUUCUUCGCUUGGCCCACAAAUCUUCUCUUUUCUACCCUAUUUAUCCACAGUGUGCGGAGGGUGAGUUUCAGAAUCCCUUUGCCCAUUCCCUGACAUCUGCCCUUCAUUACAUGGUUCCCGUGCGACCAAGACGACAGAUUGUCUAUCCUCUGGAAGAGCUUGGCAUAAACGCUCCAUCAGAGCAGGUCUCCAAGGAUCAGCCAAAGUAUUCUUUGAACCACAUAAAUCGGAAGCUGAUCAUGGUAUCUAAAGUGUCUGUCAACAGUAGAAUUGUGGUGGUUGGUGCAUCGGAUGUUGGAAUCUCAUUUCUGGAAACACUUGUUUUUUGUCCUCGCCUGAAAUUCAACAACCUGACCUUGAUUUCAACUCAUGGCCUUCCAGGAAGAGACCUACAAGGAUCCAAGCAUAGAAGAUUUUUAAUUAACAGCCACUGUUUUAAUGAUGAAGAUUAUGCACAGAUGUCACUUUGUUCCUGGGUUAACGUUGUGGUUGGUAAAAUGACUGGCAUAAAUCGCUCUGCCAAAUAUGUGGUUGUUUCCAAGGAGAGAAGAGUACCGUAUGACUACCUUGUUCUCUGCACAGGACUGAACUAUCAGGCCCUGUUCCCCACUGGAUCAAAUGUCAGUGAACUCCAAAAUGAUGGAGAAGCUAUUAGUAAAUGGCCACAAAGUUACACAGGGAAAAUCCCUUCCAAUCAUUUUACUCUCAAUGAUGAUCAGGACUGCUUAAAGGCAAUGGAAUGGCUGAAGGAAAAUUUUCUCAACACAGAAGGGAACAUCAUUGUCUAUGGGAACACAAUUGACAUUUACACCACGGUAGAAACCUUCUUAUCUCUCGGAAUCGCCGGUUCUCGCAUCCAUCUCGUGCAGCCUCCACUCAGCUCAAACGUUACUUGCCUUAACAACAACGAAAUCGAAAGUGCUGUUCAGGAGGCACUGUCAGAGGCUGGCGUGUCUGUUUAUUGUGACAGUAUCCUGGCACAGUGGAGCAAAGGCGACGACCCAGACCUCAUCACAUGUGUUGCUUUCACUACUCAUACCAAACCGUUCCAAUUGCAGUGCUCAGCAUUUUUCAGCUUUGCCUGCAAGAGGGUGGAUUAUGAAAUCUUUAAGGCAGUUAAUGAUGCUUGCCUUGUUUUUGAUGGAAAGCUUGUGAUUGAUACUGAAUUCUGCACUAAUGAUGUCAGUAUCAGGGCCGCAGGUCCUUUAACAAAGUACUCCAGGAGAUAUUAUGCAGAUGAAUGGACACACAGCACCUUCAAUUCAAAGGAGAUAGGCUUUGAACUUGCUGCAUCUAUGUUGAGACUCUUUGAUCCAACCCCUCAGCCCUUUUCAGAGCCACCAGAAGGCAUGGAGGGCCUCAUCCCCAUGUAUAAGCAGUGUAAAGUUCAAGGAGGUGUUCUUCCCAGAGGCUAUAAUUACUUGCACAUUUCCAAACCAGAAGUGCCCGUCCGCUUGGACUUAUUCCUUGCGCUGUCUGAUCAUGGAACAGAGAUUGUAACCGGAAAAGCGAGAGAUGGGAAUUAUUUCAGAAUGCACAUCAACAAAUACAGCAUGGUGGACAGCAUCACCUGCUUUUCAAAGGAGCCCUUUCCUGCUUCCAACUACAUUUCCUUGUAUGGACAGCACGAGCGUCUUCUUAAUGAUCUUUUUUAUCGCUGGAACGAAGGGCAGAUUACAGACCUUUACAGCUACUUGAGGGAGCCGUGGUCCAUGGCCAUCUAUCACGACCGCUUCAUCGAUCUACAGAAGGAGCUGCGCCGCAUCCAGCUGUCAGAGCAGGUGCCCCCGGAGCAGCAGACCGAGGACAGCCCCGUCCCGCCGCAGCUCGCGGUCCCGGCCGUGCGCUUCUUGCUGCGGCACGGCGCGCAGCUGCCCAUGUACGCCCGCGGCCGCCCGGCAGAACGUCCACCUCUUUCCAUUUCCUAAGAGUUAACGCAGUUCUGGAUCCUGGUCUCGACUGAACAAAACCACUGCUUUUGAGCCACCAGAGGUAAUUGAAGUUGGAACGCUUUUGUAUCUGUUUGCACCUGUUCAGCUUUUAUUCCUUUUUAAAGCAUACACAAGCAUUUCGUUGAAUAAUUGUUCUCUCUCUUUUUUUCUCUUUUGGCUGAGGGAGCAAGAACAGAAAAAGAUAGCAGCUUAAAAACCCAUCCUUUAAAAGGAGAGAAAUCUGCAGAGGGAAAGGAUAAGAAUAAUUCAGUAGUGUUGGAUUACUGAGGAUUUCCUGGGCUGCCUCUCAUACCCAGCCUAAUUAAAAUACAGCAUGUAAUGUACCAGUUUAACAACAAAGGGCUGGAUUCUCAUCUUUUGUUCCUAAUCUGCACAUCCCCUAAAUGAGUUCAGGGACGCUCGCUCUGCCCACCAGCCUGCAUGUGCAGCGUGCAAGAAGGACAGGGCUAUCUGUGAUACGUAGAGGGACUUUUAAGGCUCUGUUCCUGAAAACAGCAAGAGAGCUAUUUUCGUGCAUAGAGCCAAGCACCUGCAGGAUUAUGUGUGAUAUGGGAGGCUAAGCAAAGGCGUGUUUUAAGAAGCCUGUGUCCCAUCUGAAUCUAGGGGAGGCAUCCCUGGAGACAGCCUCGGGAAACAUAGAAACAGCUCAGUAAAGGAACACUACAGAAACACGUGGCAUUAACAGCUACAUAUUCAAUGCAUAUAAUCGCUUUGGUUUCCUUCUUGUACUGCAUUAACUGCUAAAGCCAAUCUUAAUUUUAAUAAAUGUGUACUCGCUGACCCUUCUUAUCGUGUGGGAGUACAGGCAGUGAAGGCAGGAUUAGAAAGAAGUGGCACUCAGAAUGAGAUCAGAGGAGAAAUAACCUUAAAGUUAACCCAAAAAGUUUAAAAGCCAGGCAGGGCUGGCGCUUUCAGCUGGGAGAAAGAGAAACCCAGCCCUGUGCCAGCCCCACACAUGCACUUCACCAGCCACCUCUUCCCUCACUUCACCUGCACAGUGAGUCCCCUUGGCCAUCCCACCUGUACAUCGCUUUGCAGCCCUGUCUUAUCACUGCCGGGGCGAAGAGUUGGCUGCAAAUGCAUCCAGGCUUCACCUGGCUUGCUUCUGGAUUUCAAAGGAAAGAUACUGUGGUUUAAGGAAAGAUCAAAGCACUCCUUGUCCUCUGCUGGACCAAGCAUCAGCCUUGUGUGCAGAGCUUGGAGUAGGAAACAACGCAGGAAGUAUUUGGUACUUUGGGGCACUGCUGGGGCACAGCUCUCAGGUGUUUCCCAGUCUGAAAGUGCCAGGGCCACACUGAGAGUCAGGAGCGCACAGGUAACCCCACCUGGAUGCUGGUGGUACAUUUGUAAGCACCUACCAAAGGCAAACGCCCAGCUGGGUGUCCUGCCCAUGGGGUGCCCCUGCUGCCUCCAGGCUGACUCAGGUGUGGAUGGUCAGUGCUUGGUGUAACAAUGCAUCUUCAGGGCAGUCACUCUUAGUGGUACUCAACUAAAUGUGCAUGUAAACGGGCAGACACUUGGGCAGACUCCUUCAAAGACAGCGCACCCUGAGGCAUGGAUUCACAUCCUUGUCCCAUUACGAAAACCCCAUUUUCACGCUAUUCUGGACUCAUUCUUGCCCGGUGAUCACUUACAGAACCCAUAAGAUAGGAACGCUGGGUUGCUGUGUGAAGCUUCAUGCACGGUCCCAGGUUGCAGCCUGCACUGUGGCUCCUUAUCCUUGCCCAUCACUGGCCAAGAAGGAAUUAGGACCGAUAACCCGGGGCUGGGUGGGGGUUUUGACCCCAGAAGUCACAACCAGACUCCAGCUUCUCCAAUGGGAAGGAAAUCCUCACAUUUGGAUCCUGAACAUCAGGACCUGACAGUGGCAGGUCAAAAAACAUCAACUCACGACAUCAUGAACUCACGUUCAAGUACCAAUUAUCUACGGGUGCUCUGAGAAAUGUAAGCAGACAUCAACAAACAUCUCAAGUAGUUCCGCAUACGGGAUGGAUCGCCUGCUUCAGAAAGCCUGACUACUGCAUUUAUCACAUGAGUCUGCCCAUUGCCUGCCCGAUCCCAUUUCAUCAGACUAAGAUAACUGUGUGCCAUAAGAGAAAGUGAGAAACAGAUACAACCAUGGAGCAACGCAUCUAAAACGCACUGAGGUACCUACUGCUUUUUCUGAUGCGUCAACAGACAAAUGAUUCAAAGCACUAACAACACCGGGCACGAAAUCUACAUUUCUAUUGAAAUCGAUCAUUUCUUUUUGUCUCAGACUUUUGGCAGAGCAUAUAAAAGAAUUCAAUUCACAGCUGUUCCACUUUUUAAUGUAGAAAACAUUAAUCAAAGCUUUAAGUUAUAAGCUUUUCUAAUGUUGUUUAGUAUUCCAGUUCAACAAAGAUCAAUGGAGGCCAUUCCUGUGUUUCUUGACGCCUCUCCAGGAAGCAGAGGCGCGAUUAUGUAAAUAGCACUGGCUCCCCUUUACUUCUGCCAGCUUGCUUAUCUCCAAAGCCUUCUGCCUGCUGCUACUGGCGACCAAUGCAAGGACAUGCACAUACCUCUUAUCUCCCAACAAAGCUCUGAAAAUGCACGGAUCGGAGCCAGUAACGUUAAACAAUGAUGCACGGCUGAUUUUAUUUGUAACUGAUUUAUUUUGGGAAAUCUAAUUUCUCCCUUCCAUUCUUUUUUUUUUUUUUUUCCCCAGUUUAGAUGGAAGAUAUUUGCUAACAAGUCAGGCGAGAGAGAAAUAGAGCAGAUGGCCUUCAACAUUUAUACAGGUCUGAAAUAACCUAUUAAACAACCCGAAAGUGUAGUGAGAAAUAAUUAGCAAGUGCCAGUUUCACCCAAGGAGUGCAAAAAGCGGAUUAAGGAAUCUUUGUUCAAGAAUCCAACAGGCAGUGACCAUACACUUCUUGAGGCUGGAAAAGCAAAUCUUGAGGGCGCUGGAAAUCUGCAUUUCGGAAUCAAUGUUUCCUUUGAAGACGCAUUUAUUUCAACUUGAUUAAAAGAGCAAAGUUUG